AUGACGUGGCCGUUUCAGAUCCUGGCGCUGGCCGACCGCUACUCCCUCUACGUGCCGGACCUACUCUUCUUCGGCGAGUCCACAACGGACGCCGCCGAGCGGACACCAGCAUUCCAGGCCGACUGCCUGGCGGCCACCCUGGACCGGCUCCACGUGCGGAGGUGCACCGCCGUGGGGUUCAGCUACGGCGGCAUGGUGGCGUCGAGUCUGGCGGAGCGAUGGCCGGGAUUAGUCGGCUCGCUAGUGUUGUCCUCGUCAGUGUUCGUCAUGACGGAGUCGAUCAGCUCGGAGAUGAAGCAGCGGCUGGGCGUGUCGUCAUGGCCAGAGAUCCUCCUGCCAGCGUCGGAGGAGGAGCUCGAGACCAUGCUCUCAAUCUCAAUUUACAGGAAGCUCUGGUUCCCUCGCUUCCUUUACAGAGACUUCCUCCACGCAAUGUUCAAGAAUUCAAAGAAAAAGGUGGAAUUGCUAGAAGCAAUGGUAGUCAGUCAAAGGGAGGAUGAUAAGCCUCCUUCUUUGCCUAAGUGUGGACUCGUGUUGUAUGGGGAGAAUGACAACAUAUUCCACCUCAAACUUGCCCACGACAUGAAAGAGAAUGUUUUAGGACAAACACUUUGCGUCCCCCUUUUUGCAUACAUAUCGCAAUGCUAUCGAAAAGGCAGGGCAUCUCCUUCACUUGGAGAGGCCUUUUGUGUUCAACAUAAAGAACUUCUAGGGGUUAUGCAUGCUCAGGAGUCUAGUGACAUCUGA